AUUAACGAUCCGCACUGAAGGUUGAGGAAGACAACUUGUCGAGGCCUUCAUCAAGAUGCAGAUCUUCGUCAAGACCCUUACGGGUAAGACUAUCACCCUUGAGGUGGAGUCUUCCGAUACCAUUGACAAUGUCAAGUCCAAGAUCCAGGACAAGGAGGGUAUCCCCCCUGACCAGCAACGUCUGAUUUUCGCCGGAAAGCAGCUCGAAGACGGCCGCACCCUUUCCGACUACAACAUCCAGAAGGAGUCGACCCUUCACUUGGUCCUCCGUCUCCGUGGUGGUGGUAAGAAGCGCAAGAAGAAGGUCUACACCACCCCCAAGAAGAUCAAGCACAAGCGCAAGAAGACCAAGCUCGCUGUGCUCAAGUACUACAAAGUUGAUGGCGAUGGAAAGAUUGAGCGUCUCCGCCGUGAAUGCCCUACCCCUGAGUGUGGUGCCGGUGUCUUCAUGGCUGCCAUGCACAACCGUCAGUACUGCGGAAAGUGCCACCUUACCUAUAUCUUCGAUGAGUCCAAAUAAGCGUUUCGACACGAAUUCGAUGUGAAGGAAUGACGAAAUAUAUCAUGUGGCCUUGUUGCUUAGAUGAGAUAUUAGUAGAAAAGGAAUCGGUUCAUUCUGCCAAGAUUUUACUUGUAGUUCAUUGUAGGAUUUCGUCUGCACUACAUACACAAUCAUAUAUCCAUACGUGACUUGCUCAAAAAGUCACAAGUCUCAACUCUCAAGCGCCCUGCAUGCCUGUUCGUAUAUUAUCAAACUUGCUUUCCGGGAAAUCGAGGUUAUUGGGCGACUGAUCCAGGGCGCCUACACCUCCGACAGUUUCCACAAAGGUACCGAUCAAGGAACCAUCCGCCUUUGAAGCGGCGCUCCCUCCUUUGUCACCGCUGCUUUCCCACCACAUACCUCCACCCAGUCCAUUGUUACGGAUGAAAUUGGCCUUUAUCUCCGCGACUUGGACAUUGUCAUAACUCACCAUUGUGCUACCGUCGUAGCACCAAGAUGCCCCGACUUCCGGAUCGACGUAAUCCGUACCACCCGGACGGGGGAGAGCUUUGUAGUCCCAUACGCCUUGCUCCCAGCUACCUUCGCCUACACCGUUGUAUGAUGUGCCUGGUCCUUGAGUAUUCUGGAACGCACGCCCAUAAAGUGGCAUUCCCAGUACCAUCUUUGAGGGGGGUACACCGGCGGCUUUGAUGUAGUAAUCAAGGGCACCGACGGUGGAGAAUGGAGUGGCUGAAGCGUACUGGUUUGACGGGAAAAGAUUGGCCUGAUGGCCGGCGACUUGAUCCCAUGAACCUGCUU